AUUGUCUUCUCCCAAAAAAUUCUUAAUUAAACGUGUAAUUGAGAGUCUCCCAGAAAGUCGAGAAUAUGCAUUCAAAAAUUCCUUCAGUACCGAAACUGCAAGUUCAGCAAGUUCGAGGACAUUAACAGCGGAUAUUGUCUUUGGAAGCUUUGAGUCAUCUCCUGAAGAACAUGCUGCUUCUUUAACCGAAAAAGCUGCUCCUUCAACUGAAAACUGCACAGCUGGGGGGCUCAAAAGAAAGUUUGAGGCUUUUGUAGAUGAAGAAAAUUUUCCAUCAGUCAUUACACCAUCUAGCCCUGGAAUUUCAAAUAUCACACUGAAAAAGCGUAAACUCAAUAUGCCACGUUUCUUUGGCGACAUAGAAUAUGAAGAUCUGGAGGAUCCAAAUAGGCGAAAAAUUUGUUGGAAAAUCAUUACAAAUACAGUAAACAAGCUGAAGAUAAAAAUAAAUAAUUCACAAGCCAAAAGAAGACGGAGGAAUAAUAAAAUAUACUCACUAGAAAGUUUGACAAGUGAUUUGAGAAAGAAAAACUGGAUUUCAGAGAGUGCUGAAAUGAAUUUGAAUAGUUCAAUGACGGAAUCAGCCAAGCAACUGUUUUCUCUCUUAUUGAGAAAACGUAAAAGGAAAUUCUCACCACAACUGAGGCAGUUUGCAUUAACUCUGAAUUUUUAUUCGAAGAAGGCCUACAAUUAGGUUCGUCGAACUUUUUCGAAUGUGUUACCACAUACAAGAACGCUUGCAAAGUGGUUUUCCACUGUUAAUGCUUCUCCAAGUUUCAUGGAAGAAGCUCUUUCUGCUAUUAAAAUAAAAUGCAUGGAUGCUGCCCAAAAGGGUCAUCAAAUAUUGUGCAAUUUAGUGUUUGAUGAAAUAUCAAUCCGGAAAAAAAUUGAAUGGGAUGGCAAAAAGAAAUAUGGAUAUGUAGAUUUGGGUUUAAAUGAUAACACUGAGAAUUCGGAAGAGGUCAGGGAAGCUUUGGUAUUUAUGCUGGUUUCUUUGAAUAGUAGUUGGAAGAUUCCUGUUGGUUAUUUUUUAACCAAUGGUUUAACUGGUAGAGAGAAGGCUAGUAUAUUGAAUAAUUGUUUGGAAUUUCUCCAUAAGAGCUCAGUUAUUAUUACCUCAAUAACAUUUGAUGGUGCUCCAUCAAAUAUGGCAAUGGCAUCUGCACUAGGUGCAAAUUUUAAUGUUAAUAAUUUGAAAACGUAUUUUAUUCAUUCAAUUACUCAUGAAAAAGCAUACAUUUUUCUUGUUGCUAGUCACAUGAUAAAAUUAGUUAGAAAUUCAUUGGGCAGUCAAAACAUUUUGGAGGAUAGAAAUGGAAAUAAAAUAAACUGGGAAUUUUUAGAAGAGUUAUGCCACUUCCAGAAUAUCGAAGGAUUGCAUGCUGCUACUAAAUUAAGAGCCAGGCACAUGAUGUGGAUGGGGGAAAAAUGUAGGUUAAACUUGCUGUCCAAACACUGAGUAAAAGUGUUGCAGAAGCUCUGGUUUUUUUGAAUUUUGAUUUAAAAUUACCUCAAUUUGAAAAU